AUGCAUGAAUCUAGAGCCAGGAGACUUUCUUUAGAAUCCGCCAAUGACCCUAAGAAGCAAAUCGAGCCUGCCGUUCCGGAUCCUCCGCCCAUCCAUCCAUCCUUCAUCCAAGUAGCCAAGCCUUACAUCUUCGAGCAGACUAUUCAGGACUGCAUAGCAGCCAUGGGUGUGAAUCCUCUUCGCGAGGAAGCGUUGCGACUUCAGGGUGUGACUUGGAUUGACAAUGUGCGCCGGGUUCUUCAUUUGCCUAUCAGGACGUUCAAUACGGCUGUGGUGUAUUAUCAUAAGUUCCGAUUAUCUCACCCGGAUAAUGAAUAUAACUAUAUGGAUGCUGCAGCAGCCGCGUUGUUUACGGCCUGCAAGAUCGAAGACACCCUCAAGAAGUCCCGGGAGAUUGUUUGUGGCGCUUACAAUCUCAAGCGUUCUCCAGCAGAGCAGAUGUCUCCUGAUGAACAGAUCUUUGAAGUGCAUUCCCGGGGCAUCAUCGGACUGGAGAGGCUUAUGCUUGAAGCAUCGGGGUUCGACUUUCGGACCCGUCAUCCGCAAAAACCACUUAUCAAGCUGGCUAGACAUUACGGCCUAACGCAGCAAUCGGAGAUAUCCCGGGUUGCUUACCGUAUUUCGCAAGAUCUUUACCGGACUUUUGCACCCAUCAAGCAAACUACAUCUACCAUGGCCUUCGCUUGUCUGGAAUUGGCCGGGCGAUUGCUGGAUCAACGAAGCGAGGUGGUGGAGUCAGGAGUGGAUUACGAGCAAUGGAAAACCAGUCGAGAAGAGGUUAUGGAAACUCUCUUCGACUUACUAGAACUCUACACCCACCAACGCGGCGCUACAACAGUUGGACCGCAUUUCCCUUCAGACCGAUUCCUCACCGUCCGCAUCCCUUUAAAUCAAGAAGCUGAAGCACAAAAACUACCACGGUAUACCCACUGGGUCGAUAGAAAAGAUACGACCACCAGGACCAUCAACGGUUUCAAACUAAGCAACAAGGACGCCAUGCCGGAAAAGGGAGGUAUCCAUCCACUGACGCCAGUCGCGGCGAACGACGACAGACCUAAUCCUGGCGAACGAGGACGAGACGGAGCGGUAAGGUUUAUGAUCGACCCAGAGUGCGCAGAUGCGGAGAAGUCGAAGGUCGCACAGUACUUCAAGGUUGAGAUGGAGGAGUACGAAGUUGAGGAUGAGAGAUGA